AAGAGUGCAGUGUGCGUGUGUGUUUGUUUGACAGAGUCCACCGUGAUGCCGCGGUUGCCAUGGUUACUGGCCUCUCAGAAUGACGUCAUGUCGGAGCGUCAUUGCGAGCGGACGUCGUUCUCCUUCUACUGCGCGGUGAGGGAGGGGCUUCCCGUGUGGCUGCUGGAGGACAUGCGUGCCAUGGAAGUGUUCUGCUGGGAGGACGGGCGCCCGCGAGCGUUCCUGCCAUCGGAGGCGCUGUUGUACGCGCUGGUGCACGAUCACCAAGACUAUGCGCGUUACCUGCUCGACAGGUACUCACUGAGCGCGCUCACAGCGCCGCGCUGCAGCUUCUGCUGCGGCCACCGCAGCGGAACACCGCACCUGAACGUGGCGGUGCGUUACGACCGCGUGUCCAUCCUCGGCGCGAUGGUGGAGACGCUGAAGGACGUCGCCACAGCGACCGAGCGACAGCAGCUGCUGGAAAGCUGCGGCAGCUGCGCGCACGUUUCUGACGAGGGAAAGACGGCGGUGCGGCUGGCGCUGGAGCUGUCGCGCGCAGACUGUCUGCUACUGCUGCUGGUUCACGGGGCGCGGCCCGACGGACUCGACGCCGCGCUGCAGACGCUCGUCUCCAGCGGCGCGGCGCAGCGACGCCGCGCCCGCCGCUGCCUCGACUUGCUGCUGCUGUUUCUGCCCUAUCCUCAGCCGCCGCGCUGCGUGCGCGAGGAGCCGCAGCGCUGGCAAAGCCUGCUGGGAAACCGAGUGUUCAGUUGGCUGUGUGGUCUGGCUCCGCCCCCCCUCCUGCUGCAGGCGCUCAGGUGUCUGGUCCGGUCUGGCCCAGACCAGAUUAGCACACUGCCCAACUUCCUGCAGCCUCACAGCUGGCAGUAACAUAUGUCGCCAUGGGAACAACAACAACAACAACAACAACAACAACAACUCAGGACUGCUGUGAUACAGUGAAUCAGUGAAUACAACGCAGACUCCGGCCAAUCAGACAGCUUCAUACAGAGAAUCACUGAUUAUGUCAUUGUUUAGCCCUGAACACAGUCCGGUCCGGUCCGGUCCGGUGGUGAACACAGUCCGGUCCGGUCCGGUCCGGUGGUGAACACAGUCCGAGGGAGGAACGUUCCACCUGCUGAAGCUACAUCACGCUAAACACACAGAUGCUAAAGGUUAAAGGUGAAAGUCAUGUGACUGACUGAUGAUACUGACCUCACUUUAAAGUGAAUGGAACUGUGGGCGUGUCAGAAUACAAGGCCACCUCCCACCAUCUGAUGUCAUGAUUGUAUUUAUUCAUGUGCAGUUUAUUGACUUUACUUCAUCAGAGUAAAGAUCCAUCGCCCUGAUCAUAUUGAUCAUCAUUGACAGAUCAAUGAAUGUGAUCAGUUUUACAAACCAUCAUUGAACCAUCACUUUAUUGAUCUGUUUAUUUAUUGGAGCCAGUGAUGUCAGAGAUUGUGGGAGGAGCUACCACAGGAAACGAAGCAUCAAUGUCGUCGCUGUUGCUUGUUUUUAUUUUCAAACCUGAACAAAAUGAUUGUGAUUAAUAAACGAUCAAUAAUGUUUUAAAA